GGCUGCAACCUGCUGAAAACAGGUUGUGAUUCCUGUGUCAGUGAGCAGGAGAGGGAGGAAAGGCUGCAAACCUAUCCCCGGGGAAAUCGAAGCCCUACCUUCCACCCAUCCCCGGCUGCCAUCAUCUCAGUUUCGGGAGUCCCGGCUUUUCGGCCUGUUCGCCAUUUAAUUGUUUGAUAUUUGAAAGCGUUGUGGUUUGUUUUUGCUCUCUCCCUCUCUCUCUUUCUGCGCCUCCCGGAGUGAAAAAACGCUGCCGGCAUCGCUUCCAUUACAAUUGAGAAAGCUCUGUCUCCCUGUCAGAGGGAGCGAUGGGAGCGACCUUGGCUGGAACAAAUAACCACUCUUUGGAAACUGGGAUUUUGGCCAGGGUUUAACCCCAGCGAGCUCUGUCUGUCUAGUUAUCGCCAAUUCUUGCUUUCGAAGCGAGCCGUGCAAUAGUCCAUUUAAUUCUUCAUAUUAUCUGCAUGUGACUGAACUGCUCCCUCUCCCUCCCCCCUUCAUCCCCGAUGAUUCUGACAACUCGCUAUCGCAUGGAUGUCUUUCUCCUGGUCGAUAUUGAGCAAGAUUUAAAGAUGGAGACUGCAUGAGGACCAUCCGAGGUGUGACACAGUGAGAGCAGCAAGCCUGGGAGUCCUCCACGUCUGCCUGCAGAUACAUUAAUAGCAGCGAGAAACACUGUCUACCGCCGAGUGCCCUGGCCGUUUGGAAAUACUGGAAGCUUCUCCAAACGGGGAUAUUCUGGCGAUGUGAGGACACUGAAGAAGGAAUGGACUGAUCCUUGGAGGGAAACAUCCUUUUGUGACUGCAAAUGCUGCUUUUUGAAUGGCCGAUCAUGGUAACCUGCGUAUAAAAGGAGGAAUCUGAGACUCAGAGCAGGACAGAGAUUUCUGUUUUUGUCUGUGUGCUAGACCUGGUUGAUGUGUAACCAACCCCAAUAAGUUGGGCACACUAGGAUACUGCUGAAAGACUUACUGCUCUUGGGCCACAAUAUUUAUCCAUUUUGGCCAGAGGUUAUCACAACACCUGAGGAGAUGGAGGCUAUCUGGGUCUAUCAGUUCAGGUUGAUAGUCAUCGGGGACUCCACGGUGGGCAAGUCGUGCCUGAUCCGUCGUUUCACCGAGGGAAGGUUUGCCCAAGUGUCGGACCCCACGGUUGGUGUGGACUUCUUCUCAAGGUUGGUAGAGAUUGAGCCAGGAAAACGGAUUAAGUUGCAGAUUUGGGACACAGCUGGUCAGGAGCGAUUCAGGUCCAUAACUCGUGCGUAUUACAGGAAUUCAGUGGGAGGACUGCUCUUAUUCGAUAUAACUAACCGUAGGUCAUUCCAGAAUGUGCAUGAGUGGUUGGAAGAGGCCAAAGUUCACGUCCAACCAUUCCAGAUCGUUUUCGUGCUGGUUGGCCAUAAAUGUGACCUGGCAACCCAACGGCAAGUGUCAAAGGAGGAGGCAGAAAAGCUUGCUGCAGCGUACCGGAUGAAAUAUAUAGAGACGUCCGCAAGAGAUUCCAUCAACGUUGAACAGGCCUUUACCGAUCUGACAAGAGAUAUCUAUGAACUUGUCAGAAGGGGUGACAUUAUGAUGCAAGAGGGAUGGGAAGGAGUGAAGAGUGGUUUUGUUCCAAAUGUGGUCCACUCCUCAGAGGAAGCUGUCAAAUCAGGCAGAAGAUGCCUUUGCUAAUUAAAGAGUGGAAACGUUUAAACUUGAUAAAUGCCCUCGCAUGUAGAGACUGUAUCAAAUAAAUGCUGUAGGCCUUUUUAAGUUUGUAUCACAAAUUAUUCACUAUUUCCACAAUACAGAUAUUUGAUCAAUCAUUUUGUAAUUAAUGGGAACCUGACGUCUGAACCAGUUACCCUAAUUAGCUGGCAGAUGGGAAUGGAGAGUUUCCACCUACUGUUUGAAUCCCUGGGGAUGGGGGAAGACAAGAAACAGCUUAUGUUUUUGAAAAUUUCUAAAGAGAAGCAUUGAAUAAUUCAGAUUGUAACCGGUUUGAUAGCCAUUAAUUGAUUUUCUACUACAAGAGAGGCAGUUGAAGAACCUGAACUGCUACUUUAAUUCAGUCUGCAUGUCCUCAUUCCCUUGUACAAUGCAGGAGAGGAUCUUCAUUAUAACCUGCCUACUCUUGAUUCACAGGUACAGCAAAGUCAGCCUCCCAUGACACAGUGUGAAAUAACUUAAACUGGGUCCAAUAAUAAAGACCUGCAGAAAUAAAUAUAGGUAUUUUUCUGGCUAACAUCUAUAUUAAAAAAUUCUACAGAUCAUCUCACUGAACACACUCAGAGGUAGACUUCAUUCUGAGGGUAAUGGUCUAUAUUUUUUUCCCAAAUUUCUCCCUCCUCUCUGUCCUUCCUAGAGAUGACAGCUGCAUGCUGCGGUACAGUGUAGCUCUCUGGAACAUGGCCAAAGUUACUAUUUAUCAGGUUUGAAUUAAUUCACAAAGCAUCAUCAGUUUAUUGAAACUCAGUGCAUACUUCACAACGGAACCCGAUCAGCCAUCAUGUACUCUCUACAGCAAGAGUCACUGAUAUCAAUUUGGAACAUGAACCUCGAUUUGAUUUUCCCUCUGAAGUCAAUGCUAGCAUCCCAAAUGUUACUGACCCAAACUGUUCAGCACAGUCUAGACAACAGACUGGGUUCCUCAUAAUAAAGAUCAAAAUAGUCUUGUAACAUACUGGUUGGUACAAUGAGUUAGAUUCUCACUGGGAGAUGUUUUAAUAAUAUUGGGGAUACGCAGGAGAAAAUAAGGGAGAAAAAUCAAAAGUUAAGUUAAACAAUAAUAUUUGCCGAGAAUAAAUGGUGAACAUUUUGAAAUUACAGAAUUAAGAAGGCCUUCACUAGCCUCCCAUGUGUAGUGACUGUACAAACAGUUAGAUAUUUGUAAAAUCAGUAAACCAACUGUAUACUGUGUAUGAUAGAUCAGUGCUAUUGAAUUAGCCGUUACUUCACCGAAUAAAUGGUAAAUUCAGAGUCCUUACCCUUGUGAGUACACAGGAACUCCAGUUAAAUACAUGAUGAGUGACCCUUAGCUUAUGAAUAAACAGAAUAUACAGAAUCAUUAACUUUUACCCUGCUGAAUAAAAGGAGCUCAGGACAAAAGAUUUUUUUUUAUCCUGGUGAAUAAAGAGGAGUUCAGUACAAUUGCAUGGUAAGGACUUCAUGCAGCCAAAUAAACAGCAACUGUACGGUUACGUGAUGAGAAACUCUUACUUUGCCAGGUAAGCAGUAGGUCCACACAAUCUUAGAUAAUAACUUUCACAUGCUACAAAAACUAAACUUCACUCAACAAGUAACUGCUGAAGUUAUGUGAGUAUUCUACAGUUAUGAGAGUUCUUACCUUACUGAAUGCAUCAUUCCAGAUUAAUUCCAGACACGUAAUUCUUACUUAAUUGAAAUGGAAAAUCAUUUGACCAGAUGCUAAUUAUUAAUCGCUGAAUA